UUUUUUUUCCCCGCAAUGAACUUGUCUCAAAAGCGGUGGAGAGAGCAGAACGCGAGGAGUGAGGAAAAAGGCAAGCCGCACGGCACGAGCAUGGCUCGGCGUCGGAGUGAAGCGCUCUUCGUCGCCGUGGUUUCCUUCGUCGUCUGCUAUUGGCGCCAUCCGUCAAACGCGGCGGCUACCCCGGAUAAAGAUCUUCGGCCGCUGACGCAGUCGGAGCUGUCCAAGUUGCUGGCCGACCUGCUGUCUCUGAACCCCGACACGGCGGACUGCCCGGCCCCACGCGUGCCGGUGCCCCGAGCCCGGUGCCGGGCCCAUCCCUGUUCGAGCGACGACGACUGCCGCUGGAACAGCCACCGGUGCUGCUUCAACGGAUGCGUGUUCACCUGCCUGCCCAAGCUGGCGCCUCCACCAGUUAUCGACUGGACGAAAGAAGUUCGCCCGAGCAACGGCACGAAGACGUCGAAUCACUUCACCGGUAUUGCAUGCAGCACGGCGCCAGCGUACGCGCCCGCAGCUCCGCUGCAGUGCCCCGAGGGCAUGGUGUGCGUCACCAAGGACGUCGGAGACCCGCUCACCGGGCAGCCCAGCCUGGGCGAGUGCAUCGUCGACCCGCACGCAAGGACCACACUGCCCUCUGGUGAUGGCAGCCAAUCACAACUGGAGAGCUUGGGCAGUGAAACAGUUUUCCUUCCUGGUGGCUGCAUUCUAACCAAAGAGCAAUACAAGAGCAUGGAAGAGUUCAAGCAGAAGCCAUACAUCACUGGAUGUACUUGCAAGCAAGGCUCUGUGGAAUGCAAGAUCUCAACGGAAAAAAGCUUUGAUCGCAAACGGCCAAAGAAGCGGUGAUGACCAGCGCUCCCGAGGGAAACAUCUUGGAAUCCAUCUGUACAUAGUGUACAUAGCGUGUGGAAAGCAGUAUGGUGUCCUCUUGCUGUCCAAGAUAUUGCCUCAACACCAGUGCUAAGAGCGGUAUCAACCUGCAUGAGGGACGAGAGACAAAGAAUUGUGAUGUCAGUGCUGCGAAGCCCAUAAGAAGUUACGCCUGGGGCUGGGAUAAUACAGUGAUUCUUUUUGUUUGGUUACACCUCACUCAUACUAGUGUCAGCUGGUUCUAUCGGUCGCACGAGAUCACUUCCAGUAACAAGGAGACGCAAAAAGAGUUGCAGCAAAACAGGAACCUAACCCGCUGAAAAUUUUUCUUUAGGCUGGCUCCUGGGACACUGUGCAGACAUGCAGCCGUGAACAGACAAAGACAAGAGUGAGAAUUAUAAUGAAAAUGGUGCCGAAUAACAAGCAAGUCUUUAUCUAGUUUCCUCUUGAAGAGAUAGACAAUGCAAAAAAAGAGAAAGUAGAAUAAGAAAAAAAGAAAAUCUACUAAGAAAGGAAGUAGUGCUCUGGAGGUGAGACUCUGGCAUGCUACUUCCUUAAGUAGACAAAACAAACCAAUUAGCCAAGCAACAAGUUUCAUUAAGUCUUUCAUCGCUGUUUUUGUCCUCUAAUUUGUUUUAUUAUUCUAUAGUGCUUCACUUCGAUUAUCGUUUUUGUUGUCUGCUAACAUUGUACAGGGAUCAAAAUGGAAAUGCGAACAAUUUCAAAACUGCACCAAUGCAUGCUUAGAAACUGGCUACAGAAUUAUUACACAUAACACUUUCAUGUUUUUAUGCAUAAAAUGCAUUUGUUGCUGUUCAUGUGCCAAUUUGCGAGUAUCGUACGCUUGUCAUAAAUGUGAAAGGGAAUCUAGUUUUUUUCAAACGCCCUUAGAGGCUAAACACACAUGCCCUCCAUAAAGACAUUUAAUGAGACUAAAGGUUCGACAGGAAAACUUACUGUUACGUAUCACCUUCCUACAUUUCAACCCAUGCGUCAUCAUUUAAAAAGAAAAUUGAUGCAAGAAAAAACAAAUAUACAACAGUAUAUCUUUGUGAAUCACUGCAUUAUCCCAGCCCAGAAGAGUGGGAUAGGCCAGGCGUUGAAUGUGCUAGCCUUCCUGCUUAUGUCUGACACAGGAAAGAUGUUUCCAUAGUUUCCAUGUCAGUAAAGAAGUAUUGUUGGUUGUGAUGGCUGGGGAAAACAACAGGGGCAAUGCAUUUCUUUUUUUGUUGUUUUACGCUUUUAUGAGCAGAAAGCGCUUUGUGUGCUGGUUGUGAUCAACGUACUGAGACACAAAACAUUUUGCAGUGAGCACAGCACAACUGUUCAGCUGCAAGAAGGAGAGAGCGAGUUCGUUGCAGUGUUCUUGUCACAAUGAGGUCAAGAAGAUGAACUUUUUUGUAUGGUUAGCCACUGUCUAUACUGUACAGCACAUUGCAGUUCAUGCUUAUGUGUCACAAAUUACCCUGGCAGCAGUGUCAAAUUUUCCAAACCCACUUAUGUCAAAUCAUGGGCAAACUGCCAUUUGGUCUACCUGGCACCAUCUCACGGGGGAGGACUAGUAAUAGUGAAAAAUAAGAGAACCCUUUUAUUAGCAAGCCUCGCUCAGCAGAGGAUUAGUGGAAGAUGACAGGCGAGCUCUUCGUCAGGAUCAACCUGAAGAAGAGCUCACCUGCUGCUGCCUGCCGCUAAUCCCCCUUGUGCAAAAGGGCAACUCGGUGCAGGAGUCACGGAAGUAUUAAUGGCCUCUCUCUACUGGCUGGCAUCUCUCACCCGAGGAUUAGCAAUGAGACAAUGGGUGAGGUCUAUUUCAAGCUAAACCUGGAGAAGAGCGCACCUAAUGUCUUCUCGUAAUCUUUCUGUUGCGUAAGGAUGGCCGAGUGCAGCAUGAGGCAUUAGCCCGAUUGAAUAAGUGGGAUUUCUGCUCUCUGAGACGCACAGCCAAUUCGCACUCCUGCUUGGCUGAUGAGACCUGUAGUUUCUCCUGCACUGCAUCGAACUGGUAAGAUAAAGCAGUAUAUGUACAUAGAUCUUGCUGACCACACGCAGGGUUAGUGCUCUGCCCACAAUUGCUUCUAAAAAACAAAGCACGACUUAGACCUCGGUAAUUGCUAAUUGAGCAUGCUAUAAUGUUUGUGACAGCUUCUGUUUGGUUUCGAAACUGAUCUGCUUUCUUCACCAAACCUCAUAAAAGCCAAAACAGACCUGUGCGCUGUCUUUGGCAAGCCAAUGUUCCUUCAGAGAAAAGACCACGCUCCAACAACUCUCUGUUACAAUGUGCCACUGUACAGAAAGCAAGGUUGAUUAAUUUCAAAUUGUGUAUAUCUUGUUGAGUUUUUGAGUGAGAAAAGCAGAACACGAAUAAAUAAGAAUUCAUUUUGAAAAAAAGAAAAAA